UAAUUACCUUAUUAUUGUAAUAACUCAGUGAUUAGUUAGAGAUUUUAUUUUUUGUUAGACUUGUAGCACAUGUGAGUGUGCCAUUCUGUUGAGAAAUGUUAAUCAACACUUUAUACGUAUUGAGAUCUAAAGGAAAUAAAAUAGAAAUCAAUUACCAAAGCAAAUUCAUCUUCUAAAACCUCCCUAUUCUCGGAGCUUCUCCUACUCGAAAGGAGUCUAUCAUUUCCCCUUCUUUGUUGUUGGUAUCAUUGGUGUUUUCAUUGAUCUUUCAUGACCCCUUCCAAACUCAAAAAAAUUGAUGAUCUGUUUGCAGCAAUGUCUCCAACAGAUGAAGGAGAUGCAGUUGCAAAUUGAUGUUCAAUCCACCCAUGAUACUUAGGAGUUGGCUACGUUUAGGGAACAAGUUCAACUCGUGACUAUGAAUUCGGUUUUUGCUUCACGCAACAUUCCAGUUCGGGCAACAAAGGCGAUGCUGGCUCCGUUUGAUGGAUCUAAUCCAUUAGAAUGGAUCUUCCAAGCGGAAAGUUACUUUGAGUUAAACCAAGUCGCCAUUCCUCAGCAUUUGGCUCUUGUUCCCUUUUUCAUGACAGGGCUUGCUCUAGCUUGGUUUACGUGGCUUCAUGCUACUCACCAACUUACACAAGCUGUUCAGAUUUCACCCGUACCUUGGAACUUCGAUUUGGGCCAUCAUCUUACGUCAAUCACCAGGCUGUAUUGUUUAAGUUGCUGCAAACCACCACGGUGACCGAGUACCAGAUGCAAUUUGAAGCUCUUUCGAAUCGCGUUGAAGGCAUGAAUUUGGAUCUGCUUCUCAAUUUUUUUUUAUAUCUAGUUUACGUGUGGACAUGAAGGUAGAAUUGACCAUCUAUCAGCCCACCAUCUUGGCUUAGGUAGAAGAGCUCACGCGUUUAAUGGAAGAUAAGUUUCGUGGCUCCCGCUUCUCUUCACGCUCUGUGUGUUUUUCAUCUCCUUCCAUUACAACGACCUCUCAAUCACUGGUGUUAGGACCACCUCUGCCAUCUUCAUUGCCAAUUUGCUGCAUUUCAUCUGAAGAAAUAUAGUGUCACAAUAAGGGAUUGUGUUAUAAUUGCGAUGAAAAAUGGAGCCCUGGGCAUCGCUUCCAGAAGAAGCAAUUUCUCUAUGUGUUUUUCAUCUCCUUCCGUUACAACGACCUCUCAAUCAUCGGUGUUAGGGCCACCUUUGCCAUCUUCAUUGCCAAUUUGUUGUGUUUCAUCUGAAGAAAUAUAGAGUGUCACAAUAAGGGAUUGUGUUAUAAUUGCGAUGAAAAAUGGAGCCCUGGGCAUCGCUUUCAGAAGAAGCAAUUUCUCUUGUUGCAGAGGAUAUACCAGAUCCGGGACAAUCAUCAAAGGAGGAAUCUGUCAGGGAGGAAGAAGCUAAACAUGCAGAGCAUUUUCAUUUAUCUUCAGCUGCCUUUCAUGGACCACCAUCACCAUGCACCUUAUAUGUUGCAGGCAAGGUCAAGGAGUUGAAUGUGAAUAUCCUCAUUGACUCGAGCAGUUCACACAAUAUUUUGCAACCACAGGUUGUAGAGUUUCUGGGAUUACCAUUGGUCGCUAUCAAAUCCUUCUCCAUCAUAGUGGGCCAUGGCAACACUAUCCAAUGCUUUAGGUGCUGCCCAGAUGUUCCAGUUAUAAUGGCGGAAGAAAAUUUCAAGUGUUUUGGAGGAAAAUUGAUGCAAAAACUGGAAGAAAAAGCCUUGAAGAAAAGUUGAAAAUUGGAAUAGCUCGCUUAGUGCACAAGACAGGCCCAGCGUGUCUCCUCGCUUAGUGACCAGCUCACACUUAGCAUGAAGAAGACACACGAAGAAGCCCAAAGGCGCGCUUAGCGCGAAAGCCCGUGCUAAGCGCGAGGUCACGUGAAAAUUAAGCUACCUUAGGCUUAUAAAAGGAGUAAGAAGCAAAGGAGAAAGAUACAUCGAGACGCCGAGACUCGGAGCUCUCUAGUGAAUACAUCUUAAGCUUGAGUAUCUAAAAUAAGGGAAACCUUUUUUCUAUGUCCAUUAUCCCCUUCUCUUUCUUUAUCCAUCCCUUCCAUUCUUCUAUCCACAAAGUGUAAAGUCUCUCAUAGCAAUGAGAGGCUAAACCCCAUUGUUGGGAGCCUGACAGACCAACUAUUGUAAUGCAACUCUUUCUUGUUAUCUAUUUAAUGCAAUCUUGUCUUUUCUGUGCU